CUGUACACAAUGAAGCGUACAAAAGGGAACAAAAUGGCUUGUCUCACGCUAUAUCUCUUUAUCACCACACUGUCGAUCAGCACAUAUAUUUUAGACAGACGAGCAUAUAUGGACAGGCAACGGCAUGUCGUGUUCGUACAAAUAUCUUACAUCGUGUGGGCACAGAUGAUCCACAGCCGUCCGGCAGUAGGGGUCUCGCAUCCUCUACAGUCACUCGCUUAGCCAUGACAUAAGCAUCUUUCUUCUUCCCCGUCACAACAAACAGAAGAAUACUCCCUUGCAAGCAAAAGAGAGUUGCAGUUUCAGUCUUUUUCUUUUAUACACAUGCUUAACAGCGUAAUUAAGCUUGCAUUGCUAAUCCUGAUAAUCGAGAGCAAGCACACAUACUACAUCACAUCGCAUGUGAGGGUGUUGUACUAGAAAAGAGUAAACUUCUUGUGAGCAGCCAGUUAACUGACAUUGCAGCAUGAUGCCCAUCAGAGGUUGAUUGGUCCCUGCACAAAGGCCACACAAAACUUCCCUCCUUUCCACGAGCGCUGCUUUUUCCCUCCUUGCAUUUGCCCAUUUCUUUUGCUUUUCCCUUUGGCUUGGCCUUGGCUAACAUAGCCUCUUUGAAUCAUUCCCUACACUUCACAGCACUGCACUAAACGCUCUUUGGAGGAUCAUGUGGGCUGCUAUUACUGUGUGAGUGUGCUUGCAUGGGAGUGGGGAGCCACUCUUUUGAUGUGCCCAAACAUGAUUCCAAGAUUAUUUUUUGUACCAAUCUUGCAGCCUUCCAUUCCCAUCAACUGUUGAAGACUCCCCUAUCAUCAUCCAUCUCCUAGUUUAUUUCUAUAGGAGUGCCAAGUGUGGCAGCCUUUCUUGCAGCACUCCUUUUUGUUACUCCAAGCUUUUUCCUGUAGUUUUCUUCUCCUCUCUCCACAUUGCCACCACCAAAUCAGCUGAGAUCUCACUUUUGAUUCGGGGACUGUCUUUAAGUAGAGGCAGCCAAGCUGAGAUAUCCUCCUGUGUGUUCUCCCGUUCUUGGCAUUCGGCAAUAGGUCCCAUGAAGCCAUGAUUCCAUCAGGAGAGGCACAUCAAGACGGUUGCUAGUUUCUGCAUUCAAUUCAGGGAGGACAAUUUGCAGGGUGCCGGUGCUAAUCUGAACUCUGAAGGGAGGAGACGUGCUGGUUGCAACCUGCAAGAGGCCAAGAAGCGGCCGAGGCAGGCAGCAAUGAGCGGGAGGUCGAGGCCGUGGCCAGGGGACCCGUCGCCGGCGCCUCCGCAGCCGCCGGUCGUCGCCGCAGCGGCGGACGCGGGCGGCGAGGCGUCGACGUCGCUCAGGGACUUCGGCACGUCGAUGGACGCCAUCUCGUUCGGGUUCGCGGCCACCGCCAUCCUCGUCUCCAUGUUCCUCCUCAUGGCCAUCUUCGAGCACCUCAUCAAGCCCCACGUCUUCCCGCCCCUCGCCAGCGCGGCGCUCCGCCCCGCGCGCCGCCGCCACGGCGUCUCUCCCGCCGGCAAGCUCCGGAGCCCUCCCAUGGUGGAGACGGUGCUGCAGGCGGCGGACCUGUCGGUGUUGAUGCCGGGGCAACGGUACCCGACGUACCUGGCGCAGCCGGCGCCGCUUCCGCCGGCGCCGUGCCCGAGGGAAGGGGUGCACUGGCCGCCGCACGACCACGACGUCCACCACUCCUACAUGCCGCCAUGAUCGAGAUCUCGCGUACAAUGUUGCAGUGGAACAACAUGUUAGAGACACACGCUGUCAAACCAACCAACCGACCGAUCGAUCGAUGGAUCGAAUCCUGUUGCUGAUUGAAUUGCUGUAUAGCGGAGACGCUGUAAAUAAUAAACGCAGGGGAGAGUGACAAGAGUUGUUGGAUAUAGAUAUGGGCGUCUUGUCUUGUCCU